AUCUAAUUUAGUUCACGAGAAAAAUCAAAAAUAAAACGGCUCCUAAAUUUUUGUUCGCCACUGGAUGUCUUAGUCGACAAAAAAAAAAUCGGCUUAAAAUCUUGCUUAUCAACUGUUCAGUCUCAUUGUUAUUAUUUUGUGUUGUCUUUCAUAUCUCUCGAACGAAUACGAAUCACAUAAUAUUAUAUAUAUAUAUUGUACAUUUAAAUAAUCAUAAAAUAUCUAAAUUAUUUUUCUUUUAUUUAGAAUAUUUUCUUAUUCAACUAUGUUUAAAAUAAAACAAUGAAUAAUAGUUAUUUUAUAAAUAUUAAUCAAUCAGUUAUUAAUAAUUCAAACUGUAUUAGUGAUUAUAUUUUAUUAGAAUUUAAACGUAUUGUUGAAGGUUGGAUAUUAUCAUUUAUUUGUAUAUUUGGUAUUGGUGGUAAUAUGUUAACUUGUAUUAUAUUAUCUAAUUCACGUAUGCGUGAAUCAUCAACAAAUAUUUAUUUAUUAGCAUUAUCAUUUAUAAAUAUACUUGUUUUAAUUGGAUUUUUAUUAUCACACGGUUUAAGAUCAAUAUUAUAUGAUUAUAGUUUAUAUUGUACAAAUACAAAUUCUUAUCCACUUUCAACAAUAUAUGAAUUAUUUUAUACAAAAAUAUUUCUUUAUAUAUUUCCAAUUCAUAUUACAUGUAUAUUAAUGUCAAUAUAUUUAACAGCAUCCGUUACUAUUGAUAGAUUUAUACUUAUAUGUUUACCAUGUACUAUUCAAAAAUAUCGUACAAAAUCAAAUUCAAUUAAAAUUAUUUUAUGUGUAUUUAUAUUUUGUAUUAUAUAUUGUUUACCAUUUUGGUUUGAAUUUACAAAUGAAUAUGAAAAAGUAAUUAUAAAUUCUACAAUUAUUUUUAUAAAGACUCGUAAAUUAUUAGUUAUGUCUACAUUUGGUAAACAUCCUUUAUAUCGAUUAUUAAUGAGAAAAUAUUUAUAUUUUAUAUUUGUUUUUUUAUUACCAUUAUCUAUAUUAAUAUUUUGUAAAGCAUGUAUAAUAAGAAGACUUAUAUCAGCACGU